AUGCCUUCUCUAUUCCUUGGUGGAUUUCUCGCCCUCGCCCCCUUGGUUAGCAGCAUCAAUUUCCCGUUCGAGGCAAUCCAGCUCAACGACACGGACAUUGGCAACUUCUCCGCCAUCUCCUUCGGGGACAAGUCCGCUCUCGGCCCGGAAUACAAUGGGCCCGACUGCAAAGCCUACCCGGGAGCUGCCGACUGGCCAACGGACCAAGAAUGGUCCCGGUUGAACAGUUCGCUCGAUGGAGCCCUGUUGAAGCCCCUGCCACCUGCGGUUGUGUGUUACGAGGGCCCGCUGUACGACGAGACCCAGUGUCGGUGGCUCAUGUUCAACACGGGGAAUUCUCGAUACUACAUCGACGAUCCCCUCACCGUCUUGACUACGUGGCCGGAAGGGAAUUCUUGCCCUGCAUCUCUCAGGCCUACCGGAAACUGUACUCAGGGCGGAUUCCCCGAAUAUGUUGUCAACGUCACAACCGUGGCGCAGAUACAGACUGCUGUCAACUUUGCGAGAAAUAAGAAUCUGCGACUCGUAAUAAAAAACACUGGUCAUGACUUUGUCGGUAGAUCCACGGGGGCUGGAUCUCUUAGCGUAUGGACCCACCAUCUCAAGGACUUUGAGUUUCUACCUGAAUACAGCCAAGGUGAGUAUAGCGGCAUGGCCGCAAGAGUAGGGGCUGGACUUGAAGCCUGGGAACUGUACGACUAUAUGGACCUCCAUAACAUGACCGUGGUUGUGCCCGGAGGCAGCACCGUUGGGGCGUAUGGCGGUUGGAUGGCCGGUGGCGGACACAGCACGCUGGCUUCAUAUUACGGCCUGGGAUCCGAUCAGCCCCUUUCGCUGGAAGUGGUUACUGCUGAUGGGAGAUUCGUCACUGCAAAUACGACCACGAACAAGGAAUUGUUCUAUGCCUUACGGGGAGGGGGUCCAGGUACAUAUGGUAUCGUGACUUCGGCUAUUGUCAAGGCCUACCCGCCCAUCAAUGUCACCGAGAGCACCAUCAACUUCAUACUUUCGACGGCAAACUCCACUAACAGCUGGGGUAACUUCUCGGGCUGGGGUAACCUGACUGGAAACUGGAACUUCACCGUGCCUUCCAACUUUUCCCUGCCGCCUUCCAACUUCUCCAUACCUUCCAACUUCACGAGGAACAGUCCCGUCACCAUCAAGGACGCGGAUACAUUCUGGAGCGGUGUCAACGAAUACCAGUAUUUCGGCAAGGCCAUCUGCGAGGCGGGCGGAACCGCGUACAGCUACAUCACCUCUCGCGGCGCCGGGGGCUUCAGCUUCAGCACGACCAUCGAGAUCCCCGCCAUGACCAAGCGGGAGGUCUUCGACUUUGUCCAGCCGCUCAUCGACUCGCUGAACGACCUCGGCAUCCCCGUCAACAACUCGCAGCCCGUCUCCUCCGCCAGCUGGGGCGACACCCGCAAGGGCCAGGGCGACUCCCCCGGCAGCAACCGGUUCGCCAGCCGCCUGUUCCCCGCCUCGAACUGGGAGGACGAGGCGGCGUUCGCCGACACCAUGGCGGCGAUCCGGCGCACCGUCGAGGCGGGCUACACCUUCCACGGGAUCCACAUGAUGCCCACCGAGGAGACUGCCGGGUACCCCGGUGGCAGCGCCGUCAAUCCGGCCUUUCGGGCGACGGUGAUGCACGCUGACGUGUUCGAUGUCGCGGGGGGCCCCAGGGCGUCGGUGCAGGCGCUCGUUGAGGCGCAUGAUAGGCUUAAUCAGUACAUGGAUGGCAUCCGCACCGCGACGCCCCUCGGGGGAGCGUACAUUAAUGAGUGCGACGCCCAGGAGCCAAACUGGCAGCAGAGCUUCUUCGGCGACAAGUAUGACGCUUUGCUGAAGAUUAAGCGGGAGACAGAUCCUUGGAACCUGUUUUGGGCGCCGACGACGGUUGGAAGCGAGGACUGGGAGGUCAGGACGGCUGAUGGGCUUCCCACGCAGAAUGGGCAGCUGUGUAGGGUCAAGGCUUCGGCGGCCUGA